CACACACACACACACACACACACACCCCAUGUGUAUAUAUAGCAUUCACUUGUAGAGCUGUUACUGACUCUGACUUUGACUCCUUAUGCAUUUACACCAACAAACAUUAGGCUGAGGCUCUCAAGGAAAAUUUAUUUCCCCCAGUCUAUGACUAAUACUCACAGGCUAUUCAUAUGCAUACUUAAGCACGUCCCUUGGACAGAAUGUCCAGGUCUCUCAUGAAGAACAARUGAACUGAUUGAGGUGGGUCCAGCAGGAUUUCCUUUGGUGGUUAUCGUGUUACCUGUCAGCCCCUGAUAUUGUACAUUUGGUAGAGAACAAAACUUCAUCAUUUCCUUCAGGGCCAUUACAAAUCCAGACCAGAAUUCUGUUUUCCAAAAUCUUCUACGACACUGCUAAGUGUGCCGGAGAAACAUGGAUUGGUUCUAACAGCCAUUCCCAACCAAUCCUCUUCUCCUUUGCUUCGCCACUGUGGGGAAUGAGCAGUCAGCCACUUUUGUCUCCGGGGAUCUGCAGGGAGGAGUGGUCACUAAGGCAAUGAGGGAAGUGUGCUGGCGCAGGGGGAGACUGUUGGGAAACAUUUUCUCUCCCUGAUAAAAGGAGAGAAAGGCUGAAAAAGGUUUUCUCUCGCAGCCUGGGCCAACUCCUUGCUUCCUGUUUCUGGGUAAGAAUAGACACGUACAGGCUGGAGGAACCGAAGAGCAGCUGGAGCAGCCAAGCGGCCAGGCUGGAAGGCAGCGCUGCGUUAACCUGCGGGUUAGGCCUUGGGGCGUGGCCUUCCCACCAUAGAGGCGAGCCCUGACGUCAAUGGGUUCUGGGGCGUGGCCUCCGGACUUCAGAGCACCGCCUGUCUAGGGCGGGGCUGGAGAGAAAGGGUGGGGCCGCGCUCCGUCGGGGCGUGGCCUGUGGAACCCGAGAACCCCGGCGACACGGGGCCCCGGCGCGAGUCUCUGGGCGCGGGGUUCCUCCCACGCAGCCUCUCAUUCAAAAGAUGCCGAAGGGGCGGCGCGGCAGUCAGAGCCCCACGAUGAGCCAGCGGCCGGCUCCGCCCCUCUAUUUCCCUUCCCUCUACGACCGCGGCAUCUCCUCGUCCCCGCUCAGCGACUUCAACAUCUGGAAGAAGCUCUUCGUGCCGCUGAAGGCSGGCGGGGCGCCGGCCGGUGGGGUGGCUGGGGGCCGACCCCUGCCUCAGGGACCUCCGGCCCCGGCCCCUCCGCCGCCGCCUGGCCUCGGUCCCCCCAGCGAGCGCCCCUGCCCUCCGCCGUGGCCCUCCGGCCUGGCCUCCAUCCCUUACGAGCCACUGCGCUUCUUCUACUCGCCGCCGCCGGGCCCCGAGGGGGCUGCUUCACCCCUGGCCCCCGGCCCCGCCACCCCACGGCUUGCCUCCGCCUCCCACCCAGAGGAGUUGUGCGAGCUGGAGAUCCGAAUUAAGGAGCUGGAGCUGCUCACCAUCACUGGGGAUGGCUUCGACUCCCAGCGCUAUAAAUUCCUGAAGGCGCUAAAAGAUGAGAAGUUACAAGGACUGAAGACCAGGCAACCUGGAAAGAAGUCGGCCUCUCUGUCCUGAGCUGCUGCCCUCCAGAGCUGGGCAGCCGCCUCCAUAGGUGUUAGUGCUUAGAUAAUGUCUCCCAUUUGUUGUCAUUUCAAAGAUGGUUAUUUUCUGUUCUGUAUUUACUGCUGUUCUUGUUGCUCCCAGCACAUACUUCACAUACAAUACCCACUUGUGUGGUAAAUCUCAUGGUCUCUCUCCUCUGUGCCGCUGCUGGGGGAAGUCCCUUAUAGGGUAUUGAAGCUGCUGCUAAGCCAGCAUUCAGAGUUUCCUGACAUGAGAGGAAGGGCCCCCCAAUAUCACCACAUUCACACAAACCAGAA